AGGCGCCAACUUUUCCCGCCACGGCAGCCUAAAUUGUCGGAGCGACUCGUUUAAAGUCGGAAUAUUGUUGUGUUUGUCUUGUGAUGCGUUGGAACCAUGUGCAACAGUCUUUCUUUGAUACCUGACCCGAGCGCUCGUAAAAUUAUUCUGGGGUAAAAUUGAGACUUGUGUGGGGGAUAACUGGAAUUGUUUUCAAAAUGCCUAGAACAUACGUUCCUAAAUUAAAAAAAUAUACAGCAAAAGACUUAGAAGAAGCCAUAAAUCUUGUUAAACAAGGGAAGCUUGGGGUAAGAGAGGCAGCACGACAAUUUAGAAUCGACAAGUCCAAGCUUAGUAGGUCGCUUAACAACAAAAAUAAGUCGAAACAAGGUAGAAAGCAAGCCUUAUCAGUGGAUCAAGAAGCUGAUCUAACCCAAAAGAUCACCGUGAUGGCUAAAUGGGGAUUUGCUGUAUCCAAAGAAGAAAUUAAACGUGUUGUUCAAACUUACGUCAAUGAAAAUAAUUUAAAAACCGUUUUUAAUAAUGGAAAACCCGGAGAUGACUGGUUUCGGACGUUCUGCAAAAGGAAUGGACUAAGUCAAAAAAAGAUGGAACAGUUGGAAAAGUGCCGAAGAACUGCAACCAGUGACCCCUUUAUCAUCUAUUCCUUUUAUGAUAAACUUGGGGAAACAAUUAAGAAACUGGGAUUACAAGAUAAACCCUCACAUAUAUUUAAUCUAGACGAAACUAGUUUUAAUUUAGAUCCCGGUAGAGUAAAGGGUGUUCAGCGAUAG